AUGUGGAUACAGGACCGCGGGGAUGGGCACCGGGGGAGGCGAGACGUACGGUGGGGCGAUGGGCACUCGACGGCGGCGGCGGCGGAGUGCUGGCCGAGGGGGGCGGAGCGCGGCAAUAAGAAGAGCGGCGGCGCGGCGGGGCUUUCCCCGCGCCGUGACGUAGAAAACCGCGCGGGAAUCCCAUCCCCCGCCUCCUUUCCCCCUCCCCCCCACCCCCCCAUACCCCUCCCGGCACCGGGCGGGCAGGUGGCGGCGUGCCGGAGCCCGCCCCGGGCAGUGCGGGACGGGCGGGACGGGCGGGAUGCGGGCACAGCGCCUCCCCUGCGGGACGAGGAAUGGCGGGACGGGGGUGUGCGGGAACGGGGGGAGAUGGGGGAUUGGGAGCGCUGGGGGGAGAAGAGGUGGAAGGAUGGGGUCCUCCUGGAAGCUAUGCUAAGACACAUGGAGGACCAGGAGGUGAUUCGAGACAGCCACUGUGGCUUCAUCAUGGGCAAGUCUUACCUGACCAACCAAAUGGCCUUCUAUGGUGGAAUGAUUUCAUCAGUGAACAAGGGAAGAGCUACUGGUGUCAUCUGUCUGGACUUCUGUAAGGCCUUUGACAUGGUCCUCCACAAUAUCCUCCUCUCUAAAUUGAAGAGACGGAUGGGCUAUUUGGUCCUCCUGGAAGCUAUGCUAAGACACAUGGAGGACCAGGAGGUGAUUCGAGACAGCCACUGUGGCUUCAUCAUGGGCAAGUCUUACCUGACCAACCAAAUGGCCUUCUAUGGUGGAAUGAUUUCAUCAGUGAACAAGGGAAGAGCUACUGGUGUCAUCUGUCUGGACUUCUGUAAGGCCUUUGACAUGGUCCUCCACAAUAUCCUCCUCUCUAAAUUGAAGAGACGGAUGGGCUAUUUGCCUCUCAUACCUGUAGGCAGUUCUGUGGUGAUCAAAGCCAACGUGUCGGCCAAACGCUUUGCGAAGGCAACGGGUCGUUUUGUGGGUUUGCUCCCCUGGGAGGUUUGCUCCGAGAACAAAAUCGCCACCACCCGGUACCCCUGCCUGAAGCCCACGGGCGAGCUCACCACCUGCUUCAGGAAAAAAUGCUGUAAGGGUUAUAAGUUUGUUCUUGGACAGUGCAUCCCUGAAGACUAUGAUGUCUGUGCCGAAGCGCCUUGCGAACAGCAGUGCACAGAUAACUUCGGUCGAGUCCUGUGCACUUGCUACCCUGGGUACCGCUACGACCGGGAGAGGCACAGGAACAGAGAGAAACCUUAUUGCCUGGAUAUCGACGAGUGUGCCACCAGCAACGGGACGCUGUGCUCCCAGAUCUGUGUCAACACCAUGGGCAGCUACAGGUGUGAGUGUCACGAAGGCUACACCCGGGAGGCGGACGGCAAGACGUGCACCAAAGGAGAUAAAGCUGGGCUUCCUGAGAAAUCUGAAAAUGCGGCAAAAUCAGGGACAUGCUGUGCCUCUUGUAAGGAAUUUCAUCAAAUAAAGCAGACGGUUUUACAGCUGAAGCAGAAGGUUGCUUUGCUACCAAAUAAUGCUGCUGAUCUUAGCAAGCAAAUCACUGGUGAAAAGGUGCUUGCAUCUAAUGCAUACAUCCCUGGCCCCCCAGGCCAGCCUGGUCAACAAGGCCCUCCAGGGGCUCCAGGACCAAAAGGGAGUCAAGGAGUUCCUGGGUCACCUGGACCUCCCGGACAGCCAGGCCCUCGUGGAUCAAUGGGACCUAUGGGCCCAUCUCCAGACAUAUCACAUAUUAAGCAGGGCAGGCGGGGUCCUGUGGGCCCACCAGGAGCCCCGGGGAGAGAUGGUAGUAAGGGGGAGCGAGGUGCACCAGGACCAAAGGGGAUACCCGGCCCACCGGGUUCAUUUGAUUUCUUAUUGCUGAUGAUGGCAGACAUCAGAAACGACAUCGCUGAGCUGCAAGAGAGAGUGUUUGGACACAGGACUCAUUCAUCAACAGAGGAGUUUCCAUUACCUCAGGAAUUUACAAACUAUCACGACACAGUAGAUUUUGGAUCUGGAGAAGACUACAAGCCACGGGCAGCACCCAGAGACUCCAGGAUACAGAAGGCAGCCCAUCCUUAGCUAUGCCUACUGAAAAAUAGACCCCCUUUAGAGUUCUUCAAUAUAAAAAUGCACUGACAAUGUAAAAUAUAUAUUUUUUUUUUCCCCCAAUUUUCUCUCUGCUUUUCCCCAACCAUGCUGCCUGUACUGUAGCUUUCCUGGUUCAUGGUAGCCUCCUCACAGUGAUUCCAUACCAUGAAGCCUGCACUGUGUGUUGUACCUAGACUAUAAAGAAAACCUUCUCAGUAUAUAAUACAAUUAAGGCAUGCUCUAGGUAAUGGCACAGACCACAGCAUUUCAUCUGCCUACCUUGCAUUCUAUGUCCAAAUAACCCAGUACCCAAAUUUUACCAGGUAGAGAGGGGGAGCUGACCAUCAUCCCUGAAUCAUGUCAGUAAUGAAAACCUUGGUCCACUGUUACUUCAUACAUGUAAAUAUAUUAUACUGCUGAAGUCAGGUCUCCAGCUGCUGUUCUCAGGCUUAGGAGAGUGUGGAAAGUGGACCCAUGUUUCACAGCAGAGGCCAGCUGUAGACGUAUUUUUCUAUUAUGCUACACCAUGGCAAAAAAAGGCAAAAAAAAAAAAAAAAAAAAAG